AUGAAUAUGUUGGAUGAUGAAGAUGACCAAAGCUUUCACGCUACGCGUGACGGCUACUCCCAUUUGAGCGAUGUCGAAUGGGAUGCGGUUGAACGAAUGGGUUCGACCAUGGGCAUCCAUGCUGUUAGCGUCAUGCUAGAGGCUCUCAAUAGAGAUGCCCAACAUGCUACUAUCGCCAAGUUCAUUCAAAAUGAACUUGACGCAGAACGCGAGAAAGUAGCCUUGCUUCACCAACAAGGUUCUCAACAAGCAGAGUUGUUGAGAGAACAAGGUGCUCAACAGUUUGAACUGUUGAGACAGCAGCAGGCUGCUGCUGGCGGGUCGAUGCACUCGCGUCGGCCCGAGACUUUGAAGAUUGACAUCUCAAAGUAUAGGGGGGUCGAAGAAGACUCCCUCUUGAGAUGGUUCGUCGAAUUGGAUGACGCUAUAAGGGCGCGUCGCAUCGACGACGGGGAUAUGCAAGUUGCAUUUGCCCAGUCAAAUCUGGCAGGACGUGCCAAGACUUGGGCACUGGGGCUCAAGCUGCACGACCCAUAUGCGUUUGGGUCGUUGGAAGUCUUCCAAGUCGCGGCUCAGACAAACGUUUGA